AUGUCUCUCAACAAAGCCUGUAUGAAUGGUGAUGUUUCGCAAGUUCAAUUAAUAUUAUCAGGUGAUGAAGUAGUUGAUAUUAAUGAUCAAUAUUCCUAUUCCUCUCCAUUAUAUGCUGCUUGUAAACUCGGAAAUAUUGCAAUUGUUGAAUUAUUAUUAGCUACGGGACGACGAGUCAAUAUCAACAAGGGAGUGCACUGCUAUACAGAUUAUUGUUCAAAUCUAUUUGCUGCCUAUACGCGGGGUUUUAGAGAUAUUGUAAAGUUAUUAUUAACAAUUGAUGGCAUAAAUGUUAAUGAUGGUUGUUAUCUAAUGAGUACUUCAUUUCAACAUUAUGAUAAACAAGAUUUUCCACUGUAUUAUGCUUGUAAAAUAGGUGAUUAUGAAAUGGUUAAAUGGUUAUUGAAAUUUGAGGAUAUUGAAGUUAACAGAGCUAUUUUCAAUUAUGAUGAACCAACGAAUAAUGAAUAUGUUUAUAGUACUUUAGAGCACGAUAGUAGUGAUUAUCCUUAUUUAACUACGCCACUUUAUGCAGCAUGCAAAAGAGGAUAUUUGGAAAUUGUCAAAUUAUUAUUGCAAUUCAGAAAUAUUAGUGUCAAUGAAGGGGAGGUUUCUCCUCUCUACGCUGCAAUUAUGGGAAAUUAUAUUGAGAUAAUUGAAUGUUUACUUUAUAAUGGUGCACUUGUGGAUGAAAAAUGCGAAGAGGCAGCUCAGGAAAUGGAUAUAGAUAUUGAAUCAAUCCUAUUACGCAAAACUAUUACACUAUUUAAAACUUUGGAAAGUAAUGUAUUUGGUAAACAUGUUUGGAGAGGAGACAUUUACAUCGAAACAAGUAAAGGACUAUAG